GAAUAAAAGUCGGUUUUAUUUAACUAUUUUCCGUUUGCAGAGGGACUAGGACCUAUUUUACGCCGCCUAUCCAAGGGGUCAGAUAAUCGCGAGUAAAAACGAAGGACUGUACUGUUACGCAAAAGCGAUAACUGGCUGAUAGGCGUCCUCGAGAAGAAAUUUUAUUCGAUCCGGUGAGACGUCCACGAUGGCAGCUUCCCAUAUCGUACAGCGCGUCAGGCAGCUCGUUUUCCUCCAGCCGGCUGUAGGCAGCAGCCUGACUGCUUUCUCGUGUAGGACGGUCAACUCCAUCCGGCUCAACUCUUCCAACCUGAGGAACUACUGUUCCGCCCCGAAAGGCAGGCUGUACAGUGACAAGCACGAAUGGGUUGAAGUGAGUGGCAAAAUCGGCACUGUUGGUGUUUCGCAAUAUGCCCAGGAGGCUUUAGGAGAUGUUGUCUAUGCACAACUGCCCGAUGUUGGGUUAGAAGUUUGCCAGCAUGACGAGGUGGGAGCGUUAGAGAGUGUUAAAGCUGCAAGUGAACUGUAUUCUCCCAUAUCGGGAAAAGUCGUUGAAAAAAACUGUGCAGUAGAAGAAUCGCCCAAUCUAAUUAAUAAGUCCUGUUAUGAAGAAGGCUGGCUAUUUAAAGUUGAAAUGAGCAAAGCAGAUACAGAGCUGAAAGAGCUCAUGAAUGAAGAGUCCUAUGCUGCAUUUUUGAAAGAAGAACAGCACUAAAGAAAUUUGUUUCUUGCUCGCAAGUUGUUUUGUAGUCAUUUUGUUGUUUUAAAUAAAUUAUGCACUGUUUUAAUUAUAA